AUCGACACAGUAACCAGAGAAGAUCUCUCUUCUGCAUAAAAUACUACUCUUGGGUCCCUGUUGGGGACGUAUUUAAUAACGCAAAAAUAAUUAGAUCACGCAUUACUUAUCACUUACGAAAGCGAAUUACAUCCUAUUUAAUUGACAUCUAGCUGACAUCCCGUUGACAUCCAGUUGGAGAUUGCCAAAUAUGUGUUACAGCUUUCGUAGAAAUUCUCCCUUAUUCGCCAAGGUUUGGUUCCUGUAUUUUUCUCGCAAGACUUCGCCUGUGUGGGCACACAGAUACGGUUCCCACAAAUGCUUGCUAUUGCGCAGUACAACGUCAAGUUCCGAGUUAAUUGCGCCGUUCUGCUGUACGUCAAAAAGAAGACGCAAUACCGCAAUAGUUGCAAUCCUCACAAGUGCACCCUUACGGAUAGUAUUAUUUACAAUAUUAUUUUAUUCUUAGUGUAAAUGGUCUUAUUAAUUUUGUAGUGACAUUUACGCACCUAUCCUUUUAUAUGAGAACAGG